AUGGACUCGUACUCAUACCGCGACGCUCCUGCGCGCUCCCCCCUCGAUCGUGGCUGGGGCAGUCGUGAUGACCGAGUCAAAGAAGAGCCUCGCGACAAUUUUUACCGCGGGCGUUCUCCUGGCCAUGACCGCAGCCGACGAAAUCGAUCGCGAUCUCCCCCGCCCGUGGACCGAUACGAACCCAGGGCGCGUGGUAGAGACGAGUACGCAGGAACUCGUGAUCGGGAUGAACGGCGGCGCAUCAAUUCCCCCCCUGCCAAUAUUGAUCGCUACGUCCCUGGCCAAGGGGGCAACCAACCUCCCCAACCAACCAUAAACCCUCUAGCAGAUCCCGCCAAGUUGUCUUUCCAGGUCGGAUUCUCAUACUUUGGAGAGUGGUGGAGAGCGAAUGAGAAGAUCAAGGAGGAGAAGGAGCGGGCUCGCACAGGCCGGAGGCGUGAACCCGAGCGGCCUCGAGGUCGCGAGACUCAAGAAGAUCGGGAUAAGGAAAAGGCCAAGAUCCAGGCUGCCUAUGACUCCUACAAAGAGGAGUUGCAGGCCAAGAUGGCUCGAACGUUCGUCUCUGAGCACAAGAAGGAGCAGUGGUUCCGCGAGCGAUACGUCCCCGAUGCCCGCGACGCUCUACGCAGACAAAUCAACGAGUUCCGCCGCAGCGCGUACAGUCAAUGGGAGCAAGACAUCGAAUCCGGCACAUUUGAUGAAUUUUCUCUUGAGGGAAUACCAAAGAGUGAGAGCAAUGGGGCAGGGGGGGUUGUCGAAAAGGAAGAAGGGGAGGCAACCGCGGCGAAUGAGGUGCUAGGAGUCGGCGACCUCGUCCCUACGACUGGCAGCGAUCUCCGAGAUGAAAGCCUAUACCAGCCUACCCUCCUAAUUAAGACCAUCGCCCCCCACGUCAGCCGCCACAACUUGGAGUCUUUCUGCAAAGAGCACCUCGGCGAGGAGGAAGGCGGCUUCAAAUGGUUGUCACUUAGUGACCCAAAUCCUAGCAAGAGGUACCAUCGCAUGGGAUGGGUUAUGCUACACCCUUCCUCUGAGACGGCAGCGCCGGUCGAGCGCGCGGACCCGAAAGAUGAAGAUGGGGAUGUGGAAGUCAAGUCGCCUGUGCCCGUCUCCACAGCCGAGAAGGCCCUCGAGGCUAUCAACGGCAAGACUGUGAAAGACGAAGUCCGUGGCGACUUUGUAUGCCAUGUGGGCGUCCACAACCCUCCGAGCAACCCUCGCAAGAAGGCGCUGUGGGAUCUGUUUUCUGCCCCGGAAAGAAUUGAGAAAGAUCUUAGCCUCGCUCAACGGCUCGUCAAUAAAUUUGAGGAAGAUUUCGGCUCCGAUUUCAACGCCACUCUCAAAAUCGAGGAGAGGGUGGAGAACUUGCGAAGCGCUGGAGGUCUUCAGGCGGCCGGUCCUGCGCCGACGACGAAGAAGGUCAAAAAAGACCGCAAUCUCGACUUCGAUGACGCUAUGGACGAGGGAGAGGAAGGCGAGAUGGGUGAAUCAGACGAGGAGGGUGCUGUGGAUGACGAAGUGGACGACGAGGAUCUACUGGUGAAGAAGAAGCAACUAGACCUGAUGAUCGAGUACCUCCGCCGAGUUUUCAAUUUCUGUUUCUUCUGCGUCUUCGAGAGCGACUCGAUUCACGAAUUGACCAGGAAGUGUCCCGGCGGUCACCUUCGCCGACCCAGAAGCACUCUGUCAUCGGCUGCUAAGAAUGUAGCUCGUGCUAGUGCGAGCGGGGAGCCCUUCCCUUCUAAGAAGCCGAAGGAGGCAAAGGACGAGGAGGAAGGCGAGGCGCCGGAGCCCGACCGGAAAUUCCGCAACACAUUCUCGAGGUCGGAGCAGCAGCUCGAGCGAGCGUAUAAAUGGGUGAAGACAUUCGAAGACAAGAUUAUGCAGAUUCUAGAGCCAGAGUCGGUUGAUAUCCGAAAGCUCGGUGGUAAGCCGACGGAAGAUGCACUGAACGACGAGCUUUCCAAGUUUGUCAAGCAGGAGGACGAGCACAAGUGGAGAUGCAAGGUUCCCGAGUGCACCAAGCUUUUCAAAGAGGAGCACUUCUGGAAGAAGCACGUCGAGAAACGCCAUACCGAGUGGCUGGACGCGAUGAAACAAGAGUUUGAUCUCAUCAAUGCCUAUGUGCUUGAUCCAGCACAUAUCGCGCCGUCCAGGACCGACGCCAACAGCAAUGGCCAUUUCCCGCCCGCUAACGGACAAACACAGCAAGGCACUCCACGAGGGUUCAAUCUACAGAACUUUGCUACGAUGAGCAACAUGGUCCCGCCAUUUGCCGGCUUCCCCGGUCUCCCCAUGCCGCCGCUCUUCGCGGGUAAUCACGGUGUGCAGGCCGCCAGUUGGGGCGCCGGCGGCGAAGAGCGUGGCCCCGGGCCCAUCCGACGCAACGCCCCCAGCUCGGGGAGAUUUCAGAGCCGGGCCGGCCCAUACGAUCGACGUCAACAGCAGGGACGCUGGGGCCAGGACAGUCCGGGCAUGGGUCGUGGACGGGGUGGUGCCGGCCGAUGGGGUGACGGCGCGGGCGGAGCGGCAGUCGGCCCCCGUGAGGCAGUUCAGGGCCGCAGCCUGAAAAGUUACGAAGACCUCGACCACGUUGCAGGCGGAGGCGGUGGCGAACUCAACUACUAGCUACAAUACUCUUCGCGAUUCUGACAUGGGCAGAAAAAAAAACAAACCUCUUUUUUUCUCUUCUUUUUUCUUUCCUCCGGUGGGCAAAUCCGUCAAGAAUAAGGCAAUGCCAAAACACACCAACAAUCCAUACACCGGAUAGAUAUCUGAGCCGCUGGCCCAUCGGUGUGGGUUGAUCGGUCAAACCGUCCGUCUCGGUUCCUUUGCCUCUGGCUAGCUAGCUCGGUGCUGGAAAUGGAUGAUAAUAUUUCAAGGCAGAGCAAAGCGACUUUGCUCAUGCUCUAGACGUCCGGAACCACCAAACUAACUGGCCCAAACCUUUUCCAUCGACCUACCCCCUGCCUAAUCUGGGCAAUGUAAUAGGAGCUUCUUCGAACUAUAAAAUGGAGAAAAAAAAAGAUAAAGGGGGGAAAUCCAAGUCAUAAGCAGCAGGGAGGGGAGGAACGGAAGGGAAAUGUCCAGGUUGCUUG